UCUGCAACCCCAGCACUUCACAUUCACAAGUAGACCCGGUGAGUUGCGUGUACGAGCGCUACAGCGCCACCACCUGAGCACUGAGUCCGAUGCUCGGUGGGUACUGAGGCACUGUAUACAUCCGACUCUAUGCGGGGGUAGAUAACAGAUGCAGAAUUGACGCAUACGCCUCUGUCCAAUCAACUCCCGCUUAGUGGCGCCCCCUAUAGGUUAUUUUCGUGAAACUGCACUCGGGCUGUUUACACCAGUAUUGGAAGCAUUGAAAAAAACAUCAUAGACACUCUUGUCGGAGUCCUUGGGAAAUUCAGGUACUGGACCAGGUCGUAUUGUUGUAAGUGGAUGGCGGAUAACGUUAAUUGCUCUCAAUUACAUCGUCAUUGCGCGUCUGAGUGGACCGUGUAUCAUCGACAACGCAGCGGGCGCUCGGCGGCUCACACUCCCCCUUCCUCCAGGAGACCCUCAGACAACCACAGGCACUCCAGGAGCUGCUAUAUGCAGCGGCUCAUCCCCGGCGGACAGACAGCUCCGGGUCGGCCCGUGACAGUAGUCGGGCUCCCUCUUUCGGCGUGGUGUGUCCGCUCGUGAGGCGGCGAACGAGGCGCUCGGGUCGAGAAGAGGGAAAGAUUGCGGGCGUCUGCUUUGUGCUAGUCAGGUGGGCAGAAUGUUUCAACUCCCAGUCAACAACAUCAGCAGUCUAAGGAAAGCGAGGAAAAAUGUGAAAAAAGUGCUUAGCGACAUUGGCUUGGACUUUUGCAAGGAGCAUAUUGAUGACUACAAAGACUAUGUUCCCACUGAGUUUUACAUUAAGAACACAACAUGGGACGAUGUUUGCAUGUGGGAUCCCUCACUGACCAAAUCCCAAGAUUACCGCUCAAAGCCUUUCUGUUGUUCAGGAUGCACAUUCUCCUCUAAGUUUUUCUCUGCCUACAAGAGUCACUUUCGCAAUGUGCACAGCGAGGACUUUGAAAAUCGCAUUCUCCUGAACUGCCCCUAUUGCACUUACAAUGGAAACAAAAAGACAUUGGAGACACACAUUAGGUUGUUUCACAUGCCUAAUGUUGUGCGCCAGACUGCUGGAGGUACAGGGGCUGGCUUGAAGGAUGGUGCUCGCCAGGACAAGACACGGGAUAAUAUAGAACAGGCGGUGUACUACUGUAAAAAGUGCACCUACAGAGACCCACUAUAUAAUGUAGUGCGCAAGCAUAUCUACCGAGAACAUUUCCAACAUGUAGCGGCGCCGUACUUGGUAAGACCAGGUGAGAAGACCACCCCAACCAAUGGGACAUCGAGCAAUGCUGAUUCCAAUAGCAGUGCUGGUGGUCCCAACAAUACAAGCACCACUAUCCAUUGCAAACGAUGCCUGUUUGUUCCACGCACCUAUGAAGCACUUGUGCAACAUGUCAUUGAAGACCAUGAACGUAUUGGUUAUCAGGUGACUGCCAUGAUUGGACAUACAAAUGUAGUGGUACCCCGAGCCAAGCCUGUAAUUAUGGUGUCCCCUAAAGUUCAAGGGGAUAAGGGUGUCAUAAAUAUAAUGCCAAAGGGUGCCAUAGUGACUGCUGGGGUUCGACCUUUAUCCGCUCAACAGCUCAGUCGAAUUGUCAUUCCAAAAGGAAGUUUGAACUCAACCGGUCUACUGUCAGGUGUUCAUCUGAAACCGGGUGUGUUUGGUCUAAAGCCUGGGAUUACCCAAUCCUUGACUAUUGGAGGACAACCAGUGCAACUCUCAAUACCACAGCAGUCUCAAACAAGCAAACCUCAGAUCCCUGCUGGCAGUCUGCGCAGCUCUGCAUCAGCGUCCACCACCAUACUGAAGAUCCCUCAGCUGACCUCACGUGUUCAGGCAGCGGCCACUACCGUAUCAUCUGUUACCCCUAAGAAAGUCAACUCAAUCAUUGGCACAUCGUAUACUCAGAAAUGGAAGAUCUGUACCAUCUGCAAUGAGCUCUUCCCGGAAAAUGUGUACAGCUCGCAUUUCGAAAAGGAGCACAAAGCGGAAAAGGUGCCGGCAGUUGCCAACUACAUCAUGAAAAUUCACAAUUUCACUAGCAAAUGCUUAUACUGCAACCGGUACUUGCCUAGUGACACGCUUCUUAACCACAUGCUGAUUCAUGGCCUUUCCUGCCCACACUGCAGAGCCACGUUCAACGAUGUCGAAAAAAUGGUGACACACAUGCGAGGGGUGCACCCCAACGAAUCAGUCGAGCCACGCAUGGACUCUCCGCUUACUUUUGACCUCACGCUCCAGCAGGGUAAUCCGAAGAACGUCCAGCUGAUCGUCACCACGUAUAACAUGCGCGAUGCUCCUGAGGAGUCGGUGGCAUUCCAUGCGCAAAAUAACACCUUGCCAUCAUCUCAUGUGAGUAAACAUGUUACGCCACAAGUCCCAAAGAUACCUCAAGAUGCCUCAACAGAUGCUGUGCCACCUAAAGCUACCCCUCAAACGGCUGUACCUUACAAGAAAGAUAUCGGCAAAACACUUUGUCCGCUUUGCUUCUCGAUUCUCAAGGGACCCAUCACAGAUUCUCUAGCUCACCAUUUGCGUGAAAGGCAUCAAGUUAUACAAACAGUUCAUCCUGUGGAGAAGAAAUUGACGUACAAGUGUAUCCACUGCCUCGGGGUGUAUACUAGUAACAUGACGGCUUCCACCAUCACCUUGCAUCUAGUGCAUUGCCGCGGUGUCAGCAAAGCUCAGAAUGGCCGACCCGCUCCCUCUCCAAGAGUCACGCAGGCCCAGGGGGCUGGCCUUAAAAGGGCAGGUUUAGCUAACUUUGACCAAACUGAGCCAAAGAAAAAAAAAGUUGGGACAGAUGACCAAGCUGAGCAAACCCCAUCGUCCUCAACAGACAAAGAAGAAGACACUGUGGUCUUCGCCUUGGACCCAAAGGGUCAUGAGAAUGAGUCGUAUGAAGCCCGUAAAGUCUUCCUCACCCAGUACUUCAACAGGCAGCCAUACCCUACUCGACGAGAGGUGGAGAAGCUUGCGUCUAGCCUCUGGCUUUGGAAGUCUGACAUCGCGAGCCACUUCUCAAAUCGUCGGAGGAAUUGUACGCUUAAUUGCGAAACGUUAAAUGCUCGUGUCUUACUCGGAUUUAAAAUGGAAGAUGUCGUACAUUUCAGUCAUCCAAUGAACUUUGACUCAAAGUGGCAUUUUGAGGGACACAAGCAUGAACAGAUAAGACGAACUUCUAGAACUCGUAUCGGCCGAUCUGCCAAUUCCAUUCGCUUGAAGCAGAUGGCGACAGCCAACGGUGACCCACAACAGAAACAAGGGGCGUUGAAAAGGUUGUCUGCCAAAGCUUCGCUCUACUCGAAUGGUCAAAAGGCCAUCGUUGAGUAUAACUGCAAUGAUUCAGUUAUAAGCACCUUCAAAUCGGAUGCACUCAUCAAGUCAGAACCAACAGACUCGGAUAGUGAUAAUGUUGUUCAACAGUUAGAAAAUUCUAGGAUAAUUACACAGUUGGUUAAAAGCGAAGAAUCAGAGAUAAAUAAUAAAGUGCAUGGGAGUGACCCCGACAUCAAGGAGGAAAUCCACAACGAAAAUGGUUAUGGGACAAUUGACAUGUUAAGCGAAAGACAGCAUCAAAAAGGCGAAUGCCAGACACGGAUCACAAAUGAGCUUGAACAAUCAGACCAAGCGACUGGUGUUUUAUUUUCAGGACAGGGUUGUUAAAUGCACAUUGUCUUUCAUGAACACCAACAAUGCUGCCUCAUUGAACGUUCGGUUGCAGACGGUUUAUAUAAGUAUAUGCUCCUUCCUCAAAGCCAUUUAAAAGGCAAAAAAGUCAUAUUUUGCAGUUAUGAAUGCAAAGAUUGUGAAGCUGGGGGUCUGUCUUCUUUCAGCAUAGGGAAGGAAAAUACUGAUCUGCCUUUAGUUUCUUUAACAUAAGCAGUUUUUUUAAACACGGAGUGUUUAUUGGAACCACAGGUAUUCUUGAAUUUCAUGUUACCAUGUAGAACAGGUAGUGUAUAUUUGUACAGUCUUCUAAAGAGAUGUGUAGGUGUACUCACUGAAAAAAAAUUUUUUGGGUGCUCACGCUUAAUCGUCAGAUGUUUUGUUGGGUUACAGAGACAAUGGAUGUGGCUUUGGUGGCUGAUUUUAUUUUACUUUUAUUUAAAGUAGAGAAUUUUGUUAAAAAUAUAUACACAAGUAUAAAAAUGCUAUUUGAAGAGAGUAUAAUCUCUUGCUUUUAUUUUGCCUGUUUCUAUUUAAAGUGUCUUUUUUAAUAAAUAUAUUUACAAUCUUGUAAGUUGUGUUUUACGUUCCGAGCUGCUUUUCACACAUCCAUGUCAGCCCUCACCACAGAGAGAUUGCUAUUUUAUUUGAUCUCUGCAGCAUUGGGUUAAGUAGAGUGAAUUGUGUUUGGUUCAGCAUCUGAUGAAGGAUUUUUUUGAGUUGUUGAAGUGUUCAGUCUAAAUUUCUGUAUGUUAAAAUAUGUGACCUCCAGCUUGUUUUGUUUUCCCACAUUUACUACAUUUUUGUCACUGCAAGCAUUUCUGAAUAAAGUGCCGUAUUGUGCUUUUCACAAUGCUUCU